GAAAAAUGUUCCAAUUUUUAUUGGCCCACCCUGUAUAGUUGACUAAUUCAGAUAUAGAUAAAAUAAUAUUAUGUAGUAUCAAUACAGUGUCAGUAAAUACAUCCAUCAAACACCAGUUAGUGUUGAAGGGAAACAAGUAGAAUUUCUUCACUGUAUCAUGAGUAGGUGUCUCCGUAUUUUGAAAAAUGGUAUUUCGGCCCUUAACCUAGCUGUGUGCUUCAACUAAGUGACUAAUAUUGUGAAACAAGACACUCGAAAGAUGUUUUUCCAACUGAUCCUCUUACACCUUUACAUAAAUGUCAACUCCAUAGAAGCAAUCAUGGCUCCACCUUUUGCACAUUGGGACAUGAUUGCAACAACAGAUUCCCCUCAACGUUGCAACGAUUUCACAAGACGCUCUUGUGACAGAAGAUGUGCGGCAUCACCAGCUACACAUAGCAACCAAUACUUCUACUGCAACUGCGACGUGCUUUGUGUUGAAUUUGGAGACUGUUGCCAUGAUUAUCAAGAACAAUGUAAACCUGACUAUAUCCGUGGCAGUGUUACGUCCAACACAUCGACAACUUCAUGUAAGAUGAUAUCAAAGGCACUGGGUGUGUAUGUUGUAUCGGCAUGUCCAGAAGAAAAACUCGUCGACAAUAUAACAAUUGAAUUAUGUGAGAAUCCUAAUCAUGAUGAUAUACUUGGCAUCACACCAGUUAUGGACAAUCAGACAGGUGUACACUAUGAAAACAUAUAUUGUGCUAUGUGCAAUGGUGUCCAAAAUGUUACAUUUUGGCAAUCUAAAGUCUACUGCAUGAAUGAUGCAUUCCCUGAAGACCUUGAUGAAAUCAUCAUCAGUAAAAACAAGUUAUGGGACAUAGUUAAGAACAAUGAUCAAUGUUCGAUCAAUUUCACCAUGAGUGAUCAGAUUCAACACCACAAUAUACCACCCAGGUCCUGUUUCAAACUUGCUGAAAACUACCAAGAUGAAUGCAGCAGAAACCCCAAUGCUACACUAGCAAAUAUGUGUAGGGACGAAGGGUUUGCACCAGUGUUUGUGACAUCAGUUGAAAGAAAGGAAGCAGUAAUGUUUCCGAACUUCCCGUGUGCGCUGUGUGCAAACACUGACAAGAACCUAAUUGAAUGCAGUCCUCUGUCAGACAAGGAUGUUCAAGAUGAUACGUCUGGUGGUUUAAUGGAUGAAGCUGUAUUUUUCUCAUAUGAGUUACUAAUCAAAGGGGAGAAUCUGAAUGAAGUGAAAUAUCAACACAAAAGCAUUUUGAAUGGUGUUGACAGGUUGGGAGCGUUCACAGAGACUUGUUUUAACGUUAGAGAAGGCUGCCGUGUUGUCUCAUGCCCAUUAUACUACACACAAGAUGGUGAUAGAUGCACUUUCAGUGGGGAUAUCUUUCAACUGAAUGUAUCUUUAAGCUCUGGUCCACUGUCAUGGCGACACUAUAGCAACAGUAAGCUAAAUAGUCUGCGAGUUCUCCCAUUUAAGAGUGACAUCCUGAAUUACAUGUUUGAGGAUAUUCCGAUACUUGGACAACCAAUGAUUGACUUGAAUUCAGGGUGUUCAGAACAACCAACAGAGACAAGAACACAAGAGAACUAUGGCUAUUGCGACUACUUCGUAACACUCAAUGUGAAGGUACCGAAAUCUUUUAAUAUCAAACAGCAGAUCAUCAUGAUUGGCUUUCAUGUAAACCAAUUACAAAGAUCUAUGAAGGUGAUCGCUUCACAAGAGUUCAUCCUUCACCAUUUUGCUCAACGUAAAAUAGAGCCUCCGAAUGAAACAAUUCUGAAUCUAAACCCAGGAACUGAUAUCAAGGAAUCUGAUGAUGCAAAAAAUGGCUCAGUACAUGUCUUUCAUCAGACAAAUAAAACUCAAAGAGAAACUGCAACUUCCAGUUGCAGAAAUGCAGGAGGCAUGUUUGGAAUCAUUUUUGGGACUUUACUUUGCUUCUUAAUUGCGUCCAAUGUUCAUUAAGUAGACUUAAUUCGAAAUUCGACUUAAUUCGAAAUAGAGUUCAUUAACUCUUUUUUGACUGUCUCUUAAAAACCGAGGAACAUUUAAAACUAUAGAGAAAAGGUCUAUUUUUCUCAAUAAGGGGAAAAACAAUACCCAUGAAGUAGUUUUCUUCAACUAGUAAGGCUCAAUUUUUAGACAGUUUAGAGCUUUUAGAAGAUCGGGUCAGGGCAUAGUUACAACUGAUCAGUUGCUGCUAGUGUUAUUGACAUUAUACAAUGACAAAAUGCAUUUGCAAGUGUAACCUAUUGUUACAGACCCCAAUGCUGAACAUAGGAAAAAUAUUCACAUUGAGAGGUGUUCCGAUAUCUCCCAAACACAGGACUCUAGGCAUCAUCCAAUGUUCUCUGAUGACACUCUGAAUGAAGGAACAUUGUGGAAGAUGUCUAGAGCUGCAUUCACAUUGAGAGGUGUUCCCAUAUCUCCCAGACACAGGACUCUAGGCAUCAUCCAAUGUUCUCUGAUGACACUCUGAAUGAAGGAACAUUGUGGAAGAUGUCUAGAGCUGCAUUCACAUUGAGAGGUGUUCCCAUAUCUCCCAGACACAGGACUCUAGGCAUCAUCCAAUGUUCUCUGAUGACACUCUGAAUGAAGGAACAUUGUGGAAGAUGUCUAGAGCUGCAUUCACAUUGAGAGGUGUUCCCAUAUCUCCCAAACACAGGACUCUAGGCAUCAUCCAAUGUUCUCUGAUGACACUCUGAAUGAAGGAACAUUGUGGAAGAUGUCUAGAGCUGCAUUCACAUUGAGAGGUGUUCCCAUAUCUCCCAGACACAGGACUCUAGGCAUCAUCCAAUGUUCUCUGAUGACACUCUGAAUGAAGGAACAUUGUGGAAGAUGUCUAGAGCUGCAUUCACAUUGAGAGGUGUUCCCAUAUCUCCCAGACACAGGACUCUAGGCAUCAUCCAAUGUUCUCUGAUGACACUCUGAAUGAAGGAACAUUGUGGAAGAUGUCUAGAGCUGCAUUCACAUUGAGAGGUGUUCCCAUAUCUCCCAAACACAGGACUCUAGGCAUCAUCCAAUGUUCUCUGAUGACACUCUGAAUGAAGGAACAUUGUGGAAGAUGUCCAGAGCUGCAUUCACAUUGAGAGGUGUUCCCAUAUCUCCCAGACACAGGACUCUAGGCAUCAUCCAAUGUUCUCUGAUGACACUCUGAAUGAAGGAACAUUGUGGAAGAUGUCUAGAGCU